AUGCAUCCGGGUUGCCUGGACACUCAAGGCCACUUGGGAGCUAAAGCUCCUUUGUUGGAGUUUCUCGGCAGACUUGUUGCCAGGCAGGAAAAGAGUCUAAGAGAGGUUCUCGCCCCCUUCUCUUCCUGGGAGACUCGGUCGGUCGGUUGCGGGUCGCAACAGCCGCCGAAUCAACAUGGCCCUUGCAUUGUCUCCAAGAUUCUGAGUGACAUUGGCUUAGGAGAGCCGGUUUCUGCACCCGCAGAUGAUGGUUGGCGGUUCGGAGAGGAUGACAGGAAGAAGAGCAGACCCCCGGAUUGGGUGCUGGAAGGCGAUCCUGCCCGCAUCCACGAGGGUUCGAAGUUGGAUGAUGCCUGCGCCGGCUUUGCCUGGCGCCCCGGCAAAGACAAGUGCACGCAAGGUAUCUGGCUUUGGAGCUCUCCUUUUGUCUUCCGGGAUCAGGAUGGCCGAAAAAUCGCCGUGCUCCUGAUGGACACACAAGGUGCUUGGGACGAUACCAUGACCAAAGCGCAAAGGCUUGGCUUGCUGCUUACACUGCACUU